AUGUAUUAUUUUCUCUUGUUUAAUAUUCUUACUAUUAUUCUCCAAAUCAUAGGUUGCUUUGGUGUUCAUCCUGGUGAUCCUUUUCCAAUCGGUCGACAUAAAUUGAAAAUUCUUACAUCGGAAGAUUUAAUCAAUAUUAAUGAGAUAGGAAGAGAUCCAACUGAUGAUGAAACUCCAUUACGUUCAGUAUCAUUAGCUGAUCCAUUUGAUUCUAUAAAUGAGGAAGAAAAUUUUAUAGAAUAUAUCAUAUCAACAUCUACAAAAUCGACAUCAACAAUAAACACUCAUAAGAGUGAUGUUGAAAGACAAAAUCUUGACAAAAAAUUAUCACAAUCAAGUACAAAACCUACAUCUUUUCUCAAAUCUGAUGAUAAUGAUAUUGAUAAAAAUAAAAAUUUGGAUAAAAAAUUAAUAUUAUCACAAGAAUCAUCAACUUUAUCAUCAAUAAAAUCAUUUAGUAAAACGAAUUUAAUUAAAAUUGGUCGAUGGAAAUAUAUAGAUCCACAAACAAAAGAUACUCGUUAUUGGUAUGAACCUGAAGGUGGUCGUAUGGGUUUUGGAUGGACAUUUGAUGGAUUUAUAUUUCAAGCUUAUAAUAAAUCAGAAUCAAAUACUGAACCAGUCUAUGCAUUUCAUUCAGAAAUUCGAACUAUUUGGACAAAUACAAUACAAAUAGAUCCAAAACCACCUAUUAUUGGUUAUGAACAAUGGAUACCAGAUGGUGUUUCAUUCUAUGCAUUUAAAACAUCAAUGAACUCAAGUGAACUUCAACCUGUUGUACGUUAUUGGAAUAAAUUAAAACCAGGUACAACAGAUGCAACUGAAACACGUAUAUCAUAUCUUAUUAUACAAACAGAAAAUCAUGGUGCAUUCAGUUCUACACCUGGUGAUCCAUUUCCAAUUGAUAUUGAUAAUAAUUCUGAUUCGUCUUUUUCAUUGGAUUCAAAAUACAUUUCUAAUAAAACAAUAUUGUUAACUGUAAAUUUAUCAUCGAUCGAAUCGAAAUCAAUUGAAAAAUAUCUUUCAGAAAAUGAAUCAUCUUCAAUUGAUACGAAUAAAACAAUUAUUGAUGAAAAUACAAAUAGUCAAUUUCUACUUUCAUCCACUGAAAAACCUGUACAAGAAAUUUUACCUAUUUAUAAAAAAUAUUUAGUUCAAAUUGCACAAUGGAAAUAUACUGAUCCUAAAACUGAACAAACUCGUUAUUGGUAUCAUACUGCUGGUAGUACUAUGGGUGAUGGUUGGAUACUAGAUAGCAUUCUUUGUCAAGCAUAUAUUCGACAAAAACCUGAUACUAUACCAAUUUAUGGUUUUCAUUCAGAAACAAAAGGUAUUUGGACUAAUACAUUACAAAUAGAUUCUACACUAUUACCAAUUGGCAAUAAUCAAUGGAAAUAUGAUGGUACAAUUUUUUAUGCAUAUAAAACAUCAAUGAAUUCAAGUUUAUUAAAACCUGUAUGGAGAUAUUGGAAUAGAAUAAAUUAUGGUACAGAAGAUGUUAGUGAACCACGUCGAUCAUAUCUUCGAAUGGGUGAUAUUAUAGAUGAUGAUUUACCAGGAUGGAGAUUAGAACACAUACUUUUUUAUGCUUUUCCACCUGAUAUAAAUGUUAAUUAA